GGAUAAUAUAAAUAAUUUCUUCAAGGCGUCUCACAAAACAUUCCUGACCAAAAUAAUGUUCAUUGACUUGUGUGAUCACACAGCAGGGAAGGUAUAAAUACCACAUGCAACUAUGAGAGAAGAACAGAAUGCCGAACCCCAACCAGACCAACCAGAGGUGAUUCCUGUUGGCCAUCAUAACUUGGCCUUCACACAAGAUGAAAAACCCCAGAAUGAGAACCCAGAGAAUACUUCAGUGGAGGAACCCAAAUCAAAAUCAAAGACCAAGAACAAGAAGAAAAAGUCUGAUAAGCCAAAGGAACCAAUAAAAACAGUUGGCCUUUUUCAGUUGUUUCGUUAUGCCACCUGUGGAGAUGUCUUCCUGAUGCUGAUUGCUCUUCUGUGUGCUGCUAUUCAUGGUGCUGCAUUGCCCAUAAUGGUUAUUGUGUUUGGAGAGAUGACUGACAGCUUUGUAAAAAGCGGACAACAGGCCAACUUUACAGGAAAUUUAAACAUUACAAUGAAUACUUCAGGCUGCAUUCUUAUACCAGGAGUUGACAUUGAAGCAUCAAUGACAAGAUAUGCUUAUUACUUUGUUGGGAUUGGGGCCGCGGUUUUCCUUGUUGCAACAUGCCAAGUCACACUAUUCGUACUGACGGCCACUAGACAGACCAAGCGGAUCAGAGACAAGUACUUCCAUGCGAUCCUCCAUCAGCAGAUGGCAUGGUUCGACACACAUCCUAUUGGAGAACUCAACACUCGACUCACAGAUGACAUAAGCACAAUCAAUGAUGGCCUGGGAGACAAGAUCUGUAUAUUUGUGCAGUUCUUCUGCAGAUUUAUUGCAGGCAUAAUUAUUGGAUUUAUUUACGGUUGGAAGUUGACCCUGGUAAUUUUGGCAGUGAGUCCACUUCUGGCAGGAUCAGCUGGUGUAUGGUCUAAAAUUCUUGCAAACCUAACAAGUAAAGAGCUGACAGCCUAUGCUAAAGCAGGAGCUGUGGCUGAGGAGAUACUUGUGGCCAUUAGGACAGUUGUUGCAUUUAAUGGCCAAAAGAAAGCUCUACAAAAGUACGAAACUAACUUAAUAGAUGCAAAAAACUUUGGAGUGAAGAAAUCUAUUACCACAAAUCUGUCACUAGGGAUAACACAGUUCUUCAUAUUAGGAACAUAUGCUCUCGCCUUUUGGUAUGGCACAAAGCUGGCAGUGGAUGAACCAGACAACUAUACAAUUGGAAGAGUCCUCACUGUAUUCUUUUCAGUGAUGAUUGGGGCAUUCUCUCUGGGUCAGGGUGCUCCCAACUUGGAGAGUGUUGCUAAAGCCCGUGGUGCUGCAUACGCCAUCUACAAUACGAUUGAUAUGCCUCGUCCCAUUGACAGCAGUUCAAAGGAAGGCUACAAACCCGACAGUGUGAAAGGGGACAUUGAAUUCAAAAACAUUCAUUUCAGUUACCCAUCCAGAAAGGAUGUCAAGAUCCUUCAGGGUAUGAGCCUAAAAGUAACACAUGGAAAGACAGUUGCUCUGGUCGGGGCCAGCGGUUGUGGGAAGAGCACCACAAUUCAACUGCUGCAACGGUUUUAUGAUCCAGAUCAAGGAGAGGUGACCCUAGAUGGUCGAGAUAUCCGUUCUCUAAAUGUGCGAUGGCUGAGAGAAAACAUGGGCAUUGUGAGCCAGGAGCCUAUACUCUUUGGCACAACUAUUGCCGAGAACAUUCGCUUUGGCCGUGAGGAUGCCACUGAUGAAGACAUAGAACGGGCUGUAAAAGAGGCCAAUGCAUAUGAAUUCAUCUCCAAACUACCCGAGAAGUUAAACACAAUGGUGGGAGAGCGUGGGGCUCAGCUGAGUGGUGGGCAGAAGCAAAGGAUCGCCAUUGCUCGUGCUUUAGUCAAAAACCCCAAAAUCCUCUUGUUGGAUGAAGCAACAUCAGCCCUGGACACACAAAGUGAAGCUAUUGUUCAGGCUGCUUUAGAUAAGGCAAGAGCUGGCCGAACCACCAUAGUGAUUGCUCACCGGCUAUCAACGAUCCGUACUGCUGAUAUAAUUGCUGGCUUCAAAGAUGGUCAGGUGGUGGAGCAUGGGACUCAUAAGGAGCUCAUGAGCAAGAAGGGAGUCUAUUACUCUCUUGUCACACAACAGUCACAGGGAAGUCCAGAUGAUGAUGAUGAUUAUGAUGAUGAUGAUGAAGAAAAUGAUGAGGGAGAAACAUUUGAGUUCUCUGACAGUUCUGAUGACCUGACGGAAGUCACAAUUGAAACAGGUGAACUUGAGAGAAAUUCAAUAAGACGAAGCAUGACUCUUCAAAGGAGAUCAUCAAAAAGGAAUUCAAAGAAGUCCAAAUCUAAGAAAGAAAAGAAGGAAAAAGAAAAGGUUACAGAUGUCCCUUUCAGCAGGAUUCUGGCUCUGAACAAACCUGAGUGGGCCUACCUGACAGUGGGUGUACUGGCCAGCUUUGUGGGAGGAGCUGUCUACCCUUGUGUCGCUAUCCUCUUUGCCAAAAUCAUUGGUGUAUUUGCUGAAACUGACCCUGAAGUAAAGCGACAGAAGACUCUGAUGUUCUCUCUUUUGUUCCUCCUCCUUGGAGGCGUGUCAUUUGUCACUUAUUUACUUCAGGGCAUAAUGUAUGGCAAGUCUGGGGAAAUUUUAACUAUGAGGCUGAGGAGUCAGUUAUUUAAAGCCGUAUUGAGACAGGAGAUUGGUUGGUUUGAUGACCACAACAAUGCAGUGGGAGUGCUAACCACUAAAUUAGCAACAGAUGCAUCAAUGGUUAAAGGGGCAUCGGGAUCUAGACUGGGCUUGAUUGCCAAUAGUAUCUGUUCCCUAACCAUUGCUGUGAUCAUAGCCUUUAUUUUCUGCUGGCAACUUACCCUUCUCAUUCUUGCCUGUGUGCCAUUCCUCAUUGGAUCCAAUUUCAUCCAGAUGAGAGCUCUGGGAGGUCAUGCGUCCAAAGAUCAGCAUGCACUUGAGAUGUCUGGCAAGAUAUCCACAGAAGCUGUAGAAAACUUCAAGACUGUGGUUGCAUUGACAAAAGAAGAUGUCUUCCUCCACAAGUUUACUGAAAGCCUCAGUAAACCAUAUCGGUCUGCUCUAUGUAAAGCCCCCACCUAUGGACUCACCUUUGCUAUUUCUCAAGCAAUUCCUUACUUGGUUAAUGCUGCAAUUUUCCGUUUUGGAGCCUGGUUGAUUGCACAUUGCUACACUGAAUUUGAGAAUGUUUUCCUGGUUUUUUCUGUUAUUGUAUUUGCCGCCAUGAGUGUCGGCCAGUCCUCGUCAUUCGCCCCAGAUUUUGCCAAAGCUAAAGCUGCAACUGGGAGAAUCUUAGACUUACUUGCAAAGGUACCUGAGAUUGACAUCUACAACGAGGCAGGGGAAAGACCAGCAAGCUUUAAGGGAGACAUAGAGUUCUGUGAUGUGCACUUUUCAUACCCAACACGUCCAAACAUGAAGAUUCUGCAAGGCCUAAACGUAUCAGUGGCUCAAGGACAGACACUGGCACUGGUGGGAGGCAGUGGCUGUGGGAAAAGUACCUCAGUUCAACUGCUGGAGCGCUUCUACAGCACUUCCAGUGGGCAUGUGCUAAUGGAUGGGGUGGAUACGAAGAAAUUGAAUCUUGCUUGGCUGCGCUCUCAGCUGGGUCUGGUCUCUCAGGAACCUACCCUGUUUGAUUGCACUAUAACUGAAAACAUCCAGUAUGGAGACAACAGCCGUGUUGUCAGCCAGGAAGAAGUUGAGGAGGCUGCUAAGAAUGCUAAUAUCCAUAACUUUAUUCUUGACCUGCCAGAGAAAUACAACACACGGGUGGGAGAUAAAGGCACUCAGUUGUCUGGCGGCCAGAAACAGAGGAUAGCAAUUGCUCGGGCUUUGGUCCGACGACCUAAAGUGCUGCUACUGGAUGAAGCCACUUCAGCCUUGGACACAGAGAGUGAAAAGAUUGUGCAGAAAGCUCUAGAUGAUGCUCGUCAGGGUCGCACGUGCAUCGUCAUCGCUCACCGAUUAACCACUAUCCAGAAUGCUGACAUCAUAGCAGUCAUUCAGAAUGGCAAGGUGGUUGAGCAAGGCACACACAGCCAGCUACUUGCCACACAAGGAGCAUACCAUGCCCUUGUAAAUGCCCAAGUCUCCCACUAACUGUUCUUGUAUUUUUUAAGAAUCUGCGUGACAUGCAACAUCAUAUUUAGCAAAAUCAUAUGUGCACGCCUAUGUCUAGAGUAUUACUUAUUACUGCUAUAAUAAAAUGUAAUUAUUUCCUAUGCCUGACAAAAAAUCAGUACAGUACUGAGGGUAUAUGACUUAAGAUUACAAAUAUAACAUUUUUGUAGAACUAUAUAUGUGUACAGAAAUUAUAGCUCAGGGUAUGGUCCUGAUGUAAUCAGUAUAAACAAAAUAUAUUUGGUUUACAAGUAUUUGUUUUUAUAUAUAUUGAUUGAAAAUUUGAAGAAUGUUACAUAAAUUAAGGUGCUUAUAGUACCUUAUUUCCAACAUACAUUAAUCACACUAAACUACAUAAACUACAUAGCUGAUAGUUUGUGGACACCUUACCAUUAUAUACAGUAUAUACAUCUCCUCCAUCUCCUGUUGCCACAAUGUUGAAGGCACACAUUAGUCUAUGCUGUGGUAUUAAGAUUUCCAUUUACUGAAUCUUAGGAGUCUAUCUUAAACAAGUUCCUGUGCACAAAACAUGCUUUGCUAUACUGUACUGUUCAUGAUAACUAUUUAUUCUGUACCCAUCUAUGUAUAUGAGGUUGUUUGUAAAUUAAUUGGGACUUUUUAUGAAAAUUUGUAAAUGUUUUGUAAGUAUGAUUGUACCAAACAUAAAUAAUAUUUUAUAGCA